AAUGGUUAAGAAUUUGUUAUAGAGUAAAACAUUCAGAAUUGCUAUUUUAAUUUGUGAUGCACCUACUCAUGGAAAAAAAUAUAAUGGAGUAGUUUCUGAUAACCAUCCAGAUGAAGAUAUUGAAGAUGCUAUUAAAUUACUUAUUGAAUCAAAAAUAAUUUUAGUUGCUACUUUAUUUAGUCAAAUAACAUUACUUAUGUUUUAAGAAAUAAAAAAAAUGUAUUAAAAUGCAGAUUAAGAAGAAUUAUUAAUGUUUGCAGAUCUAGAAAAUACAUAAUAAGGUAAAAUCUGGGAAGAGCUUGUAGAUUUAAUUUCUUCGGCAUCUCAAAAAGCUUCUUAAACUAAUAAUACAGGUACAAAAUCAAAAAAUAUUUAAAUUAAUAAAAGAUCAUAAGCUGGCGCUAUGUAGGCUCUUUGUAAUUAGAUUAAAGAUCCAUUUUAAUUUUAUAAAUUACCUGAAGUUAAAACAAUUCCUAUUAAGUUUCAGGUUUAUAGCGUAGAAUUGCAAUAAGAUUCAUUUGAAAAUAAUAUUGAAAAUCUAAAAUUUGCAUAAGGAUAAUUGAAAUAAGUAUUCUUAAUGAAAAGGCAAAACAAUCAUGAUGAAUUAUAUGUUAUUAAAAUGCCUAUAGGAAAUAACACAUAUACUAGUCAAGAAUAAACUAUUUUUGAGCGUAGAUCUUAUCUAAUUUCAAAAUGUUUGAUGAAAAAAUUUAUUAGAGAAUUAAGAGAAGCAAGAGAUAAGAUUGAUAUGUUUAUAAAGAUUCCUGAAGUCCAAUAUUCAGACUUUUUAAUUUUAAAAGACAUUGAAAAAAAAAGUAAAAUUAUGUUUCAAUAUUUUAGAUUCAUUUUGGAUUGCAGAAAGAUAUUUUACUGGGGAAUUUGUUAGAUAUAAUAAUAAUUAUGGAUAUAUUAAUGAUAAUAAUUCAGAUAUAAAUCAUUUAGCAUAAGCAUUUACCUAUUACACCUAUAUCAUCUCGAAUUUCAAUUAUAUGGUAAAUGAUGUAUAAGGAGUUGGAAAUUAUAUUACUGAUCCUGCUUUAAAUACUAAAGAAAGUAAUAAUUCUAUUUAUACUAGAUAAUUUUGAUGAAACUGAUAUGGGAAUUGAUGGAUAAGCUAUGUUUAUAGUUAAUUAUGUAGGAGAAACAUAUUGGAAGAAAAUACUUAGAUUUGCUUGA